UAUAUUUCGUUUUAGAUAUCAGUUAGUAGUAUUUAUUUAUUUUAUAAUAUUUAUUAAAUAUUCACUGAUCAUAUCAUUAUUUGCAAUUAAGUAGAAAAUAAACUAAUGAGUAAUAGAAUUUAAAAUGGAUUAUAAGAAAGAAAGAUUUUUCAAUCAAAAGAAGAGAAUAAGUAAUAAAAUAAUAGUGAACAAGAAUAUUUGAAUAAAAUAUCCAGCCCUCAAUAUAGACAUGUUAUGAAAUAAGUAUAAGGCAAGAAGAAAUAUUAUUAUUCUUUGUAGCCUGGUAGUUCAUUUAUCAGCAAAAUGCAAAAAGUUGGUGGGACUAGCAACAAGAAUUAAGUAACAGUUACAAUGAAAACAGGAUCUACUUACACUGGUGAAGUAAACGAAAGAAAUGAAAGACAUGGAUAUGGUGUUUAUUAAGUAAUUUAUGGAGGAUAUUAUGAAGGUAUGUGGAAAAAUGGCUUUAAAGAAGGCAAAGGGACUUUUUACUAUAAAAAAGGUUUAAUACAUUACGAAGGAGAUUGGUAAUGUGGAGAACCUCAUGGAUAAGGUAGAGUUUUCAAUUAAUAAAAUCAGCUUGUAUAUGAAGGAGCUUGGAAGAAUGGAAAGUCAACAGAAAAUAUAUAUUGGUUAGAUUAUAAAAAUAAAUGA